ACACACACACACACACACACACACAGCGACCCUCUAAGCAAUGAAUGAAGAAAUGAAGCCUCCUGCAACUUUGAUUUAAUUGCAAUAUUUACUCCAUUUUUCCCUUUUCUGUACCCGUCUUGGGAUUUUUUCCAACAAUUAAUUCAUUUCCUGCCCCUCAAAUUUACAAUCCCUCGUCUUCUACCAUGCCUCCUUCAAUUCCAUUCAAUUCAUUUCAUUUCAAUUCUCUCUCUCUCUCUCUCUCUACAGCUCCUCUAUACCCUCCACCUCUUCCCACAAUUAAAUUAAGAUUUAAAGCAAACCCAUCCCUCUACCUUGACUCCUCUUAUAUAUAAUGGUCUUGGAGGUUCAGAACCAACAACCACUUCAACAAGUCUAUGCUAGUGGUGGUGCUACCAAUGAUGGUCAUGACCAUGGUGUUGUAGUCACCAGUUGGAGCCUAGCCUCUCUCCGUCGUGCAAUCCCGGUCAACGGUGAUCUCUCCAUACCAACCACCCUUCUUCACACAUAGAAUUAGAAGACCCUUCCCCUCUUGCCUUUGGUUGGCAAAAGUUUCUCAAUCUCAAGACUGGUGAGAUAUAUUUCACAAAGAGUGAACAAAAGGCCUUCUUGGAAGAUACAAAGAUGAGUCGCAGAAAUGGGAAGGAUCCUAAACUGGACUUGAAGCUGAAUUUAUCACCAUCAAGAAACAACCCUCAUGUCGAGUCUCCGAGCCGAUCAUUGACUGUGUCGCCAACGUCUCCGCCGAGCUCAUGUGUGUCGUCGGAGUUCAACCAAGACGAGACCCUCCGGUACUCCAACAGCCCUGACGCAACGUCCAUGAUGCUAGUGGGAUGUCCACGGUGCCUCAUGUAUGUGAUGCUCUCGGUGGAAGACCCGAGGUGCCCCAAAUGUAAGAGCACAGUGCUGCUCGAUUUCCUCCAUGAAAACACCUCCGCCGCCACCACCACCACCACCACCAAGAAGAAAAGGAAGAGCUAGAGCAGGCAAAAUCUUUUCCAAAAAAAAAAAAAAAAAAACCUCUAAAUCCUACUAGUUUUAGGAGUUUAUGUUAUCCCUUCCCUUUUUCUUUUUAGGUAGUACUACUUAGGCUUCAUUUUAAUCCCAAGCUAGAUCAAACAUGGUCGUUUAUAAGUCAACUCAACAGAACUUUGUCGGAGCGGUUUUGGAUCAAAAAGAGUGGAGCUUGAAUAGUGCUACCUCUUUCUGUUUGCUUCAUGCCCCCCUCUCUCUCUCUCUCAGGAUGUGGGCAAUCAGGGCAUAGCAGAGGUGUUUGUGGGUUAAGGUUUCUUCUUUCUUUAGCAGAAGACAAUGUAUAAUGGGGCCUACUUCAACUACCCAAAUUUUCUUAUAAACAUGUUAGGUAAUGUUAUGUGCC